AUGACCGCAUCAGCUUCCGGCGCCAGCAUCUCGACACUGCGCUUAACCAUCCUCACCAAUGGGCGCAUGGUCCUGAACGGACCCUUCAAGCGUCAGGUAGCCCCAAGCGCCUCGAUACACAUUUCCCAAGCCAGGAGAAGCGACAAACAUACCUCGGAUAGCUACGCGAAAGACGUGGAUGAUACGCCUCCUGCAGACAAUAGCGUACAUCGCAUGGAUCCAGAUUCGGAUCGCUUCCAGAAGCCCCACGAGCCACCGUCUGGGCCAUGGAGUCGCGCUGGGGUUCAGACAGAGGAAUACAGGCAUGUAGAAGGGGAGAAGCAACCAUAUGCAGCCAAGGGAACCAACCAGGGGCGGUACGGCUCUCGCAUGAACUGGACAGAAGACAAAGGACCUGAAACUAGCGGAGGAGAUGAAGGCCCUGAUGCCAAAUCUAGUGGAGGGAGAAAGGCGUGA